AUGGACGAACUAUAUCAGCACCUCAAAAUAAUGGAUUACAUCAUCAUAUGCUUCACAAACAAGUAUCGACUUGUUCACAACUAUGUCAAAGGAGUGGCAGAAAUUUUUGCAUUCACGAUUGAAGAAUAUCACAAGCUCAUUCAGAAAAUAUUAUCUCUGUAUAAGGAGAGCCUUUACAACUCUGUCCAUGCUAACCUCCUCCAGCUGAAGAACGAUGUGGAGAGGCAACGGGCGCACGAUAAAAACCUCACGGAGAUAAAGGAAAAUUUAAAGAGGGCAAUCAAACUGACCAAAACGGGUGAAAUUUGCGAGGCAGUGGAAUCUGGAGAGAAGAGGCAAAUUCAAAUGGACCCCACCCUCAAAAUCGACCCCCCCUACGACACGGCAGCCCUGUACAAAUUUAGGCACUACAGGAAUACCUUCCUCAAGAGGUACUCGACGAUAACGAAGAACGACAACUACUUGAAUGCAAAUGAGCAGAGGAAGCGGUUCCUGCGGAAGCUGAAGAGAUCCGCGAAGGUGACCCAAGGGAGGAGUGACCAAGCCGAUGGCAUUUUCAAAGACGAAUACAAAAACAUGACUAGAAUUGUAAGCGAAAAUCAUAUUUUUAGAGAAUCCCAACAACUGAAGGAGGUAUUAAUUGUAAAUAAAUUUCUGAGCAAAGCCAAGGCUAUAGUGAACGACGUGCCUCAGUUUCUGUGCAAGAUUAUUGAAGAAUUCGAGAGGACAGAGUCGGUUGCGCAGGAUAAUAUGUACCUCUUCGUCUUGCUGGCUUUGAACAAGUGGUUCAAGAAGGUGGGUCUUCCUUUUGGGUGGGCUUCCUUUAGAAUAGUCACCGAGUGCGAGCGCUUCAUCUCAUUCAACAAAACUAAGGGGUACAAGAAAAAAACGGAGAGCGUAGAAAUACACAAGAAGAUGAGCGAUUACAUGAAUGACAUCCUGCAAAGGGGAGCCGAGCAAACCAUGAUGUUUAGCGAAGAGAAGGGUCUCUUCCCCUACCCACCAAACAUCAAUUUCAACGUGAAUACAUCCUUCUUAACGUACUUCUUUUUAUAUAUGAACAAGAACUUAUUCGAUUUUGUGGAGUGUUUCUACUCCACCUCUACGAGGAAGAAGCCUGGACAAAAAAGGGUAAAGUUAAUAAAAUGUCAUUCGACAACAAAGGAGAGUAGCCUCUACAUGAGUAGCGACAUGUACAGUUACAAGUUCCGCAACGAACACGACGAAGAUUGCGAGGAGGGGGAGGAGGUCAAGAAGGGGGGCAAGAAGGAGAAGGAGAGCAAGAAGGAGACGAGGAGGAAGGAGGAGGAGAAGAAGAACCCCCAUCUGUCCAAUUUGACCUUCCGCAUUAACCGAGAAGACAUAUACCCCAAUAUAUUUUUAAUCUGUAAUUAUCUCCUACUUGAAGAAACAAAAAAAAUAAUCAACUCGAUUUAUCAAAUUCAGAGAGGCUCCUUUGAUCUCCUUCUAUGCUACGAUGCUUCCGUGAUUAUUCAACUGGUGAUCUGUCUGUUUUCCAACUUGAAGGGGCUCCUCUCCCGGGGUACCUGCCACACGCCGUCAGUUAGGCCGCCAAUCACGAUGCCAACCGCAUCACCAACCACAUCGCCACCCACGCCGCCAACCACGCCGCCACACACAGCUGAAGAGGAGGAACCCUUCUACGAUGAUCUGCGCAAGUGCAUUUCCGAAACGAACAUAAAUUACGUCUCCUCAAAUUCAUACGUCAAAUGUGUAGGACACAUAAGACUGAUGUUUUUAAAUGUGUUGAAAAUAAUUCAUAUCAUGACAAAAGAAGGAGAUAGAAAUUAUGUGUGUACCUUUUGGGACAAGACGGACGUCCUCAUGGGGGGGGAGAACCAACCUGAUGGAGCAUCCCUUACACAUGGAGAGGGACGUGCUAGUGGGGAAGACCAAACUGGGGAGAGAUACACACAAGAACGAGAUUACCUCAUACCUAUAAAAAACGGGUGCACCAAAAAAAACUGCUACUUUUUUCGAGAGGAAAAAGGGGCAGAUAACCCGAAGGAUGGACUAAUGGAACAAACGGAGGAACACACCAAUAGAGCCAUACAAAGGAGGAUACUAUGUUACGAUUUUUACAAGUUAGUGAAAGACCACGUUACGGCGGUUAAGCUACUAAUCGAAAACAGGACCAACAGGGAGGAGUACACGGGAAUUCUCCUCAAGAAGAAUAAUCGGUAUAACAUCGACGGAGGAGUUGGAGGAUCUACCAGAUCUGGCGGAGGCGCCAAGGGAAAGAAGAGUAUGCCUGUGCGGGGACGCCACCCAGCAGUGAGGAAGCCUUCUCAAAGUGUUGGCACGGCGAGCGGGUGGUGGACACGAAACCUGGCAUGCAAAAAAAAGUUUCCGCAAAAUGUGCAGCGGAUCUACUUUACGGCCCACCUGGCCGUAGGAUCUGCGCAAACGUAG